AUGUUGGUACAGGCUGCGACGCAGGCUGGGCAGCAUGGGCAACGCGACCAGACGUCCGUGCCACAGCAAGCAUCUCUCGAACAGCAGCAGCAAGCAUCUCUUGAACAGCAGCAGCCAGCAUCUCUCGAACAGCAACAAAAGCAGGAACGGCUGAAGCGGCGGCGCGCAAAGAAGAAAGACACGGAACAGGUUCGUCGCGACGCCAUCAACGCUCAUGUCGAUGAACUCAGCCGUAUCGUGCUGCCAGAGAAUGCCUCGGCCAUCCUGCGCCGGAGUUACCGGGCGGUGGUCAUGACAUGUGUUGUCUACGCCUUCACCAAGGCUGACCCAGGGUUCUUUGAGCUCGCAAACAUGCACCGCCAGCGCGUGCGCAAGGAACAACUGACGGCCGCCUUUGUGCGCCAGGUUUUGCCGGAGUGCGCCCACGCUGACGCAUGCACAACGCCAUCACAGCGCAGGCUGCAAGCGCUGACAGGGGAUAACAAGCGAACCGAGUAUGAAGGAAUUGUCUACGAUCGGCUGGCCGCCCUUAGCGACAUCGUCUAA